GCCCGGGGAGGCGGGGGGUGUGUGUGUAAAUUUUUCCUGCAGGGAUGGUGUCGCUGCUGCCGCGCAUCGAGAGGCUCUCGUCGCGGGUGGUGCGGGUGCUGGGCUGCAACCCGGGGCCCCUGACCCUUCAGGGCACCAACACCUACCUGGUGGGCACCGGGUCCAGAAGAGUCCUUAUUGACACUGGGGAGCCAGCUGUUCCUGAAUAUAUUGGCUGUUUAAAGCAGGCGCUGUCAGAGUUCAACGUCUCAAUUCAAGAAAUUUUAGUGACGCACUGGCACCAUGAUCAUACUGGUGGAAUACCUGAUAUCUGCACAAACAUCCCUGGAGACUCUGAAUAUCGCAUCUGUAAGCUUCCUCGUGUCCCUCACCGUGAAGAAAAAAUAAAAGGAGGACAUAAAUAUUUUUAUCUUAAAGAGGGAGAUGUGAUACAGACAGAGGGAGCCACACUCAGAGUUUUAUAUACGCCUGGACACUCUGAUGACCAUAUGGUUUUACAUCUGGAAGAAGAAAAUGCUAUAUUUUCCGGUGACUGUAUUUUAGGGGAAGGAACAACAGUAAUUGAAGACCUGUAUGAUUACAUGAAAACUUUGAAAAGGUUAUUAGAAAUGAAACUAGAUUUAAUAUAUCCAGGUCAUGGCCCAGUAGUACGUGAUGCAAAUACUAGAAUCCAGAGCUACCUUUCUCACCGAAAUGCACGUGAACAGCAAAUUCUAAAUGUUUUCCAGAAGAAUGCUGGAAAAUCAUAUACAUCCUCGGAGCUUGUAAAGAUGGUAUACCAGGAUAUCCCUGAAAAUUUACUUCUAGCAGCAGAAAAUAACCUCCUAGUCCACUUGAAGAAGCUGGAAAAAGAAGGAAAAGUGUUAUGUGAGGAUUCUCCCAACUUCAGAUGGAGAAACAAUUUAUAAGUUACACAAGAUUGCUCAAGAAUAUUUUUAAUCCGCACAGUUGCUGCAUGAAAAAAUAUUAUGAUGAGCUCAGAUGAUAUGUAAAAUAAAAACUAAUUCUUCUUUCUUCUUUUUUUAAAGGGGUAACGCAAUUCUGAAGCAAUGUUACAGUCAGUUAACUAAUGUUUUUCAUAUUCUAUUUUAUGGGAAUUUUAAAAAAUAACCUGAUAAGUACUGAGUUAAUAGAAUGGAAUGAGUAUGAAGAACUGAAUGUUACCUCUGUUAUAAAAUACCCAGCUUUUCAUCGGUGGCAGAAGAAAAAUAGCAAGGUCUUAUAAAUUUAAUAUUGCAAUAUCAUAAAGCAAUAUUAUAAACUUAAUAUAUAUACUAAAAAAUCCUCAGUAAAAAUAACAGACAAUAUCUUAUUCUAAACCUGUUUUCAUUUGGUUGUGCUUUUCAAAAAGUGAUUUUCCAGUAAGUUAUCUGUGCAGUCUAAAAACCAAGUUAUUUUUGUUAACAGAUGUAAAUACUGGGGUUUAUAUUCCUAUUUUAAUUUAGCCGCCUGUGCACAUCUUUGCUGGUUGCUCACUGCAAUAGAUUUUAACAAACGCUGAAAGCAAUUCCAGACUUCUCUGUUUUCUGGUGGAAACACCAUUUCUAUGGAAUUAUUCAAAGGAUUCAUAAACUUUAACUAAUCAAUGCCAAAAAAAUGCACAGAGUUGGAGCAGACUCUUAAAUUCUUUAUCUUAGAAGAUUCUUCAAGAAUGUGAUUAAAAAGCUGUAUAAAUUCAGGUAUGUAUUUUACACAUAUGAAGUUAAGUUUGUCACUUUAUAACUAACAAGCUUCAAGUUUUGCUAUUAAAUCCAUUUAAACUACAGGUAUUUUAACUAAAGAUUGUAUUUGGUUGUAAGAUACUGUAUAGUGUAUUAAAAUAAAAUGUUUGAAGAUUAA